UAGGCUGGUGGUAAAGCUGGAAAAGACUCGGGUAAGGCCAGGACAAAGGCUGUAUCGCGCUCUCAGAGAGCCGGACUGCAGUUCCCGGUGGGCCGUAUUCACAGACAUCUCAAAUCAAGGACUACAAGCCACGGACGCGUUGGAGCCACCGCAGCGGUAUAUAGCGCCGCAAUUUUGGAAUAUCUGACCGCUGAGGUCCUUGAGUUGGCCGGAAACGCAUCCAAGGAUUUGAAGGUGAAGCGUAUUACUCCUCGUCAUUUGCAGCUUGCCAUCAGAGGUGACGAAGAGUUGGACUCCCUCAUCAAGGCGACCAUUGCUGGUGGUGGUGUCAUCCCUCAUAUUCACAAAUCUCUGAUCGGCAAGAAAGGACAACAGAAGACAGUAUAAGCUGUUUAGUGACCUGUAUGUGUU